AUGGACUAUCAACGUAAAAAGAAACUGACAUUCUCCACCAUUGGACUCAUUUUUCUUUUUAGCGGUGUGGAAUAUGCUGUUAUAUUACCCACGAUAUGGAGGUAUCUGCAGACUUUAGAGGCAGCUCCUUAUUUCCUGGGUUUGGCCCUGUCAGCCUUCAGCCUCAGUGGGCUCUUGUCUGGACCGCUGUUUGGAUAUUGGUCCGAUCGGACACGGACAACAAAGAAAAUCAUUUUGCUUUGUAACCUUUUUGAGAUAAUCGGUAAUUUUAUGUACUUCAUGGGCUACUCAAAGUGGCUUUUAUUGUCAAGUAGGCUGCUGGCUGGCAUUGGUACAGGUGCUGGCUCAUCAAUUUUUGGCUUCCUGACCAGAAGCACAGCUCCAAAAGACCGGGCCACUGUAUUUGCUGCUGUCAUGGCUUGUAGACAGGCUGGCCUUCUAAUCGGCCCUGCAUUCAACAUCUUUCUGAGACUCUGUGACUUCCAUAUUGGUCCUUUUAUUGUCAACAAAUAUACUGCACCAGGGCUGUUUAUGUUUCUGUUGUGGAUUCUCCUUCAACUGGCAGUGGUCUUCAUGUACUGGGACUUGCCACCUACGGAAAGAAGGAAGACCGAUAACAUUUCAAAACGGCAUGAAGAAGAGAACGUACCUGGCCCUAGCAAAGACGAAGAAGAAGAAGUUGUUGAGGAGGAGGUUGUGCCGCUAAUGACCUCCCAGGAGCUUGUGGGCUCCUACGGCUCCGUGAUGACAUCCAGCCAGUGCAAAAACCACAAAUCGGAUGAAUCCAACAACUUGCUCAGUCACAGUCAUUUGCCGCUUGAAUCUCCUGUGACAACAGCAACCUCUGAGCUUUACAGUACUUUCAGGAACUCCAGCACAUGUCAAGAGCUCCUGAGAGAAGAAGUGAUUGUGCUGCUGGCUGCUCAGUUCAUCACCCUUUUCAAUCAGACUGCGCUGGAGACUAUGGUGACACCAUUAACCCAGAAAUAUUUCGACUUUAAAGAGCUUGAAAACAGUGUGAUGUACUGCCUCGGAGGUGUGGUGGUGAUCGCCGGUUUCCUGCUUGUGCACUGGCUGAGCCGGCUCUUCACAGAGCGGUUGGUCCUCGCUGUUGGUUUGACCUUUUGCAACAUCUCCUGCAUCUGGUGCCUCAUCUUUCUCACUAAUCCAAUGGGUAGUUUUUCAUGGCAGCUGGCAGAGUUUAUCAUCGGGGUUUUUCUGCAGGCCCUGGGUUUACCUUUUGUGGCUGUGGCCCAGGUUUCCCUCUUCUCCAAAGUUACAUCAGAGAGAACCCAAGGCUUUAGUCAGGGAGUGCGUCGCUCAGUUGGGGGUCUAGCCACCAUCCUGGGCCCUCUAUGGGGAGGUGGACUGACUGAGCACAUGUACAUAAUGGUGGGUGUAAUGGUGGCACUUCUGGUCCUGCUUUCGCUUAUGGUGGCUUUCUCAUACAACCGUCUAGUGGAGCCAACAGUGGAGCACACGGAAGGUUCAGAGCAAAGCAGCAGCAGCAGUUCCUGUAUCUGAAACUGCUGCCGCAGUUACAAGAACAUGGUGCAAAGUAUCUUGUCCAGCAUCUUUAAGUGUAAGUUGGGACCAGUUCAUGAGGUGACAUCUCUCUAAAAAAGCAGUUCACUGACUGAAACAUGGAUUUUAGUGGCUGUUCAUUUGAAGAGGUCUAAUGGUAACUCCUUGUUUAAAUAUUUUUUUGUAAACUUUAUUAAAUUAUAAACAAUUUUCCAAUUAGCAUCUUACUGGCUGUAGUAAAUUAAACACCAGCUUGUGCAACGUGCAUCAUUUUAGACACUUGUUCUGGUGGGGAAAUACACAGGGAAAAAAAUUGUAUGUACUAACUGUAUGAUACUCUAGUUAAUUUAUUUAUUUUUUUCUUCAAACCACAGUUGUCAAAUUUGGAGUACACUUUGUGUGGUGUUGGUUAAUUUGCUCUGCCAUUAGUGGAAAAGUUUUUUGUUUUUUUUGUCAGUAAUUUUAUAUGUCUGUUCCUCUGUCUGUAAUUUUUUUCCC